CAGCUAACGUUGUUCCUGUUCACGCUGUCUCCGCCAUUUUCAGUAGCUUGUGUCGCAGAGUUGGUCGGUGCAGGUAUUUGUUCCAUUAAGGCGAAUUACUCGUUAAAGAAAAACGACGAUUGCCUUUGAUAACGAAGUUUAAUUUAACAAACUGCUGAACUGCGCAAGAUGUCCACCGAGCAGGCCGAAAAUAAUAACGCGACCGAGAAAGCGGGCCCGCAGGCCCCGCAGCAGCAGACCGGGGAAGUGAAUGGGAAACCCAAGCAUGAGCCCAAUUCAAGCAGGAAGGAACGGCCCCAGAAGAGAGGAGGAGGCGGGCGUUACGAACCAUAUGGAAACGUGAACAAAAGAUACCGCGUCUUUGUCAGCAACAUCCCAUAUGAUGUCAAAUGGCAAGCUCUCAAAGACCUGAUGAAAGAGAAAGUGGGUGAGGUAACGUACGUGGAACACUUAAUGGACGCAGAAGGCAAAUCGAGGGGUUGCGCUGUUGUUGAGUUUAGGACAGAAGAGCUUAUGAGGAAAGCAGUGGAGAAGGUCAACAAGCACAACCUCAAUGGACGACCCCUCAAAGUGAAAGAGGACCCUGAUGGUGUGAUUGCUCAGAGAGAAAUCAACAAGGGUCAAGGUGGUGGCCCUCCAGGAGGCCACGGUGGAAUGGGUGGAAUGGGAGGAAUGGGAGGAAUGGACCGCAUGAACAUGGAUCGAAUGGGCCCUGGACCAAGCGGCCCCAUCAAUAUUCCUCCUAGCCUAAUGAACAACCCCAACAUCCCCAACGAGAUCAUCCACGGUCUCCAGGCUGGCAGGAUUGGCAGCACUGUCUUUGUGGCUAAUCUUGACUACAAAGUGGGCUGGAAGAAGCUGAAGGAGGUAUUCAGCAUGGCGGGCAUGGUGGUGAGGGCGGACAUCCUUGAGGACAAGGAUGGGAAAAGUAGAGGCAUGGGCACAGUAACAUUUGACAUGCCCAUUGAAGCAGUCCAGGCUGUCUCUAUGUUCAACGGGCAGCUGUUGUUCAACAGGGUCAUGCACGUCAAACUGGAUGAGAAAUCCCUGCCUAAAGAUUUCGGACCACCUGAGAGAGCUGCUGCUGCUCUUCCCCGUGGCCUGAGUGGUAUUGGUUUGGGACUGGGACCUGGUGGCCAGCCCAUUGAUGCUACCCAGCUCAACAGAGGUGGCGGUGGCGGUGGUGGAGGGAUGGGCAACAUGGGCCCAGGAGGAAUGGAUGGAAUGGGCUUUGGCAACAUGGGAGGUCGCAUGGGAGGUGGCAGUGGAGGAGGCAUGGACAACUUUGGAGGAAUGAACAACAUGGAUCGUUUCGGUUCUUCGGGGAUGGGCAGAAUGAACGAGAUGGAUCGUGGGAUUGGUGGUGCUUUUGACAGGGAGUUUGGGCGAAAUGAAAUGGGAAUGUCUCGCAAUAGUUUUGGAGACUCCUUUGAAAGAGGAAUGGGAAACUCCAUGGGUAUGGACCGCAUGAGCUCUGGAAUGGACCGCCUGGGAGCCAGCAUGGACCGCAUGGGAGGGAUGGAUCGGAUGGGCAUGGACAGGAUGGACCGCGGGUCUGACCUGGACAGGCUGGGCUCUGGGUUUGACCGGAUGGGCUCGGGGAUGGACCGGCUGGGGCCCAGUAUGGACAGGCUUGGACCUGGCCUGGACCGUAUGAGCUCCAGCAUGGACCGCCUCGGCCCAACUGGCUUUGACCGCUUAGGCCCGUCUGGUUUGGAUCGCAUGGGUUCUAGCCUUGACUUCGGCUCCCCAAUGGGUAUGGAUCGCAUGGGCAACACCGGGCUUGACAGAAUGGGCAGCAGCUUUGACCGCAUGGGCUCCACUGGAGGACUUGACCGCUUCUCCUCCGGUGGCCUCGACCGCAUGAGCUCUGGCAUGGAUCGGAUGGGGUCUGGAGGUGUUGGUGGUCAGUUUAACCGCUCUGCUGACAUGGAUCGUGGAUUUGGUGGGAAUUCCUUCGGAGGAGCCGGAGGGUCUGGAACUGGGGGAGGCAAUAUCAGGAAGGGAUGCCAGAUCUUUGUCAGAAAUCUGCCAUUUGACUUCAACUGGAAGAUGCUGAAGGAUACCUUCAAUACAUGUGGCAUGGUUCAGUAUGCUGAUAUCAAGAUGGAGAACGGCAAGUCCAAGGGCUGCGGUGUGGUUCGCUUCGACAGCCCUGAAACUGCUGAGCGCGUCUGCCAGACCAUGAAUGGCUACCGGCUGAACGGAAGAGAAAUUGAUGUUAGGCUUGAUAGGAAUGCUUAAGUUCUUUUUCUGUUACAUCUGACAUUUCAUUUAGUUCCUAACGUCCAAACACUCUCCAUCGUCUGACUUGCCCUUCAUCAUAUUCAUACUAUAUGAAUAAGUCUGUGAGAUAUUUGUAACAGUGGAAAUAUUUAGUUAGAAAGUUGUCACAGUAAUUGUGUUUUAGUUUUUGCUUCAAUUUUACAUUUUUUUAGAGACCAAAGUUUUAAUUUUUUUUUUUCUGUCAUGCUUCACCUGUCAUUGCCUUUGUUCUAUAAAGUGUUUUGAUAAAUAAACCUCAGAUUUGACAUGCUUUUGAUGGA